CGGCCAACCGCCGCCCAACGGCCAGCGCCGCCCGCGCGGGGGAGGCGCGCCGUGACCUUCCGCCGCCGCUGCCACCGCCCGCCCCGCCCCGCGCCGCGCCGCUCGCAGCCGCAGCCCCCCCCGCCGCCUCUCCCGCAGGGCAAAAUGGGGUGCUUGUUUUCCAAGUACGCGAACGAGAGCAUGAAGGCCCAGCAGGAGUUUAUGCUGAUGAACAAUCGGCUGCAGCUGGAAAGGCAACUACUGAUGCAGAAUCAGAUGAGAGAGAGACAAGCAGCCAUGCAGAUUGCUUGGACCCGGGAAUUUCUGAAGUACUUUGGGACUUUUUUUGGACUUGCUGCUGUAGGUUUAACAGCUGGAGCGAUAAGAAAGAAGAACCCAGGAGUUCUACUGCCAAUAGUUCCCUUAGGCUUUAUAUUUGCCUAUCAAUAUGAUAUGGGCUAUGGGACAAUGUUGCAAAGGAUAAAAGGUGAAGCAGAGAACAUAUUAGAGACCCAGAGCACUUUGCUAGAACUGCCAAAAGGACCGCUUACUUAUGAAGGCCUGGAAAAAAUCAGAAGAGCUCAGAGCAAGUUCUACAUAGAAAAAUAAGAAGAUGGUAACAAAGCUUUGUAUCUGAAAUGAAUAUAAUUGUAAUUUGUAAUUAUAUUAAUUAAUAUAUAAUUAAUUGUAAUCAUGUUUUUUGGACUUCAGUGAAUCAUUAAAGUUUUGAGGAAAUUAAGUGCUUUUAUAAAAUCAAAGAUAAUUCAUUUUUUAAAAAGCAGUACUUUCUAAAGCAAUGAUUUUCCUCUGUAUCUCUUGAAAAUAUCCAUGGUUGUUGUAGUAUUUCUUUCCUUGCCUAGAAUGAAACAUUGAAUUCCCACUGUCUAAUUAGAGUCUGAAAAUAACUUUCAACUGUAGCAAAAGUGUAUGGUAGUGAGAUGCAAACUCACUGUAAUCAAUAAAAAUAAGUUAAUUGGUGGUUACAAAUUUGUACAACUCUGGCCAUAAUUUUCAAAUAUAUUAGAGCAUCCACAGCUCAAUUUGAAGUCAGGAAUAGACAACUUCUUUGAAAAACAAGACAUUUUUUAGUUGCUGUUCUUUUGGCAGUAAACUGACUGUCUCUGCUUCAAAUUCUUGAAUAAACAGCUUUUAUCAAGGAAGUUCAGAAAUAAAUGUCACUUGCUAACUGUGUGUUUUAGGAAAAAAAACUGUAUUAAAGUAUAAGCAGAGAUAAUUUCUCAAAAAGAGAAAACAAAUUAUGUAGCUAUUUCCUGAAUCUUUUUAUGCUUGACAUUCUGAAACUCAGGAUAAUUUGUUUACACAAAAUCAGAGUUUCACUACUAAGAUAAAUAUUAACUUCGGCUAGCAGCAGGCAAAAUCAUUAAUGUAUGUUUUGUAAUGGUUAGAUCCAAGGGACCUUACAAGUACUGGAAAACGGAGGGACUAUUUGCAUGCCUUUACUGUAGCAUAGUAUAUACUGAGAAUAUAAUUUUAGUACACUUUGGUGUUCUGACACUAAGUUUGGCAGAAAGUACAUCUUUUUCUAUUGGAAGUCUUGUUUAAAAAGAGAUUGUUAUGUGUUUUGGGUGGAAACACUUUCAGCGUUAACCUGGGAGGUUGAAAAACAAAUGCUCAAAAAGUACUAGUACUGAAUUAAGCCUAAGUCUUCCGCUAAUGCCCUUCUAAGCUGUAAUUUUUGUAUUAACAAUUUGUUGAGUUAAAAAAUUUAACUUCCAGCUGGAGAUAAUGCCCAAAUUAGAAACUGAUGUAUUUUUGAAGACUACUUCACUGAAAUUAGGGUAUUGUUACAGUAAGACAGGUGACUAUAUUAUAUAACAAACACUACUCAGAGGGUAUCACAAAAAGAUAAAUUAACAGCACAGUUUUUAUACCGUAUGUUAGAUCAGUUCCUGAAAGUGCAUUCACUUCUGCACUCAAGCACUUUUGCAGUUGGUUCUGUGUGGCUCUGUCAUCUGCAUGUUAAGGACACGCACACAACUCUGAUCUGUUACAGAUUUCAAAAGUGAUGCAUUUUAAUGUGCAUAAUGAUAAAAUAGGUUAUAAUAGCUCGUUUGGUUAUAAUAGCUUGGCCUAGACUUACGAUUUACUCACAAAAUGCAACCCCAGACCUUGUCAUGUUUGCUGCCUGUUCUGUAGCAUAAUGCCUCACCACAAAAACACCUGUCCUGACUUGCUGCUAUCUUCCGUUCUGUUCCUGGGAUUUACGCACUCCUACUUACUCCUUUUGUUUUGGAGAGCUGGUCCUCUGCUACCUUUCCACCAAGUUUUGAAGUGGGCUUUGCUUUAAUUUGGAAGAUGUUCUAACAACCUUUUAUGCUGCUGCCUCUAUCAUCUAUUAAUACUCUUGCUUCCAACAAAGAAAAUCAGUUAUACCAGCAUGUUUUUAGUAUCUGUUUGUCUUCACCUGUGCCUUUUAAUCUACCUUGUAAUACUGUGAAAUAAAUUUUUACAGGGAGAGCAGUUUUAAUAGUUCAUUCUACAGUUUUAGUUACAGCCCUUAGAAAAUUAGUAAAUAGCCAUACUGUGAAGUACAAACUAGCAUCUGUGUGUUUGUGAUAGAUGGCUUGCUAUGGAGUUUGAUCAAAGAGUGGCACUAAAGGAACCAAGCAGGCUAAGCAAAAUAAUGACCCGGGUAGCAGUUUGUAGGAGAUAGCAGGGAAGCUAUUUAUUAUUUCAUCCCAGCUAAAUUUGAAUUUUUUCCCCCAAAGUUAAACUUAAGAUCAACAGCGUUAAGCCACUGCAAAUUACCAUACAAAAAAGUUAGGGAGGUAAGGCAACUUUAGCUGGACGUUUUCCAAAGAGCAUGAGUGAAAGUUAACAAAUUUAUAUCAUAAGGGAAAAACAGCAUGCUCUAAACUGGACAGUCUAAUGCCAAAACCAGAAAUGGAUUUAAAUGGCCUACACAAAACAUGCCAGAGAUUGUCAAGAAAUUAAGGGUUAGUCACAUUUACUGCUUUACUUUCUGUUCUUAGCUUUGUUUUUUUAUGGAUAAAUAAACACUUUGAAGAUACUGA